AAAAAGAGAAAAAUAUCUUCAUUCUCCUCACUCCAACAAAUUUCUGCCAGCUCACAAAUUUCCUCACGAUUUCUGCAUUGAUCCUCCACAAAAUCAGCUCCACAUCAUAACAAACUUUGAUUCCCUUUGAUCUUUCUCCUCAUGAGAAAUUCCCUUUGAGCCCUCACUCUCCUAUGCCUAUAAAACAAGCUGCUCAGUACAGUGAGAGGGGAGGAGAAAAAAUGCAAUGUUACUCUGCUUGAAUAUCACCUGAAAUUCUCCUCCAAAUUUGUUUAAUACCAUUCCAAAAUUCCUGCAUCUUGAACCUGCUUUCAAUAUUCACACAUAUGUCUUAAAAUUUGUUUGCUCAUUAACUCUCAAGAGGGAUUCAGAUCCAUGAAUCACCUCUGAGUUUUGUAUUGACAUUUGUUGUUGCCUCGGUUUAGAAAGGAGGAAGAAAAAGGCAAAGAAACUCUGCUCAAAUGAAACCAAGCUUCCUCCAAACUUCAUCAAAACCGAUUCUCCAUUCAUUCAACCAAACCUGUAACAUUCAUCAAACCAGAAAAACUUAAAUAAACACCACUUCACCAUCAUCAUCACCAUGGCACUCACAUAACCUGUGAUUUCUCCACAAAUCUUUACUACACACAUCCAUAAAUCCAUUCAAUGCACCUCUGCAAAACUCUCAACAACAAAACCUCACCACAAACCUACUCAACAAUUUCAACCACACACUCCAAAACCUUCACUGAUCCGACGCGUCAACAUUUUCCACAUAGAGCUCAUUACUUCUGACAACACCGACACCGCAUCUUCACAACAACAACUCAGUAACGAACCGCAGAAGCAACAACACUCAGAUCGAGACGAAGAGCAAGGGAGAUCGAAGCAUCACCGGAGCUUCAAACAGCGGGAUUCCAGAAACAAGAGGACCUCCAUUUAGAAGUAAAAGAAUUAAUUGCUAAAAACACGAUAAGUAGGAAUCGAAGCAAGGACAUUUCUCUAUGCCAGACUAAACAACCACCGCUUGACCACUCGGACAUCUAUGAUAAUACUGUAAAAUACCAUUUAUUUAAUAUAUACAGUAUUAUAUUUCUAAUUAUGAGGCCCCUAAAUAUUUGAGGCCCUGUGCGGUGCCACUUGUCGCACACCCACAGGGCCGGCCCUGCUUUGAGGACUUUAUUGUGGACAUUUAUAAUUCAUUUUAAUUUUUGUAUAUAUUAUCCUUUUAUUUUCCGCUUUAAUUUUCAAUUGGGUUGUAAUAAUUAGUAGUUAAUUUUCAUCCCCAUUCGUUUAAGUUUGUAAUCCCCAUCCCCGAGGCCUUGUAAUAAUUUUUAUCGCUUUCCUUUACCGCUUUAUUUUAUUAUUGCUUGCAUGCUUUUAACCGUUUUUCAAAAUAAAAGAAUAUUAGGACCUUAGCCGUUUUCUACCAUAAGUCGAGUGCCUUGCGCACCGCCAUCGACCUGUUUUUCAAAACUCUUUUCAUAAUAAAACCUUGACUUUUGUCACGUGAUCUUUCUUUUAAAACUCUUUUGUGCACUCGCACUCUUUUUCCUUUAAAACUGUUUUCAAUAAAACCUUUUUCAAUAAAACCUUUUUCAAAACUUUUGAGCAGAACUACAAAUGCUCUGACUUCUCCAUUGCACUGAGGAGGUAUGUAGGCACAAGAUUUUUAUGUCUUGUCGAGCAAACUUUUGUAAAUAACCUUUUUCUUUUGUAUAUAUUCCUUUUCUCUUUUCUCUUUUAGCAAGCAAAAAAUGAUUUUAACAUAAACACAGAUUUUCAAAAGGCUCCUAUGGAGUACCACAGAUGUGAGGGGUGCUAACAUCUUCCCCUUGCAUAACCAACCCCCAUAUCUAGAUUUCUUUUGUGGUUUUUUCGAGUUUUUUCCCUUUCCUCUUUUGGAAUCAAAAAAGUUCGGUGGCGACUCUUGCUUUUUAAAUGAGUUAAGUUAACCAAUGGCUUAAUCUCAAAUUUUCCGCCGCUACAGAAAAGUGGCGACUCUGCUAGGGACUUCCCUAAGUGGGUUUAUCCUAUUUUGUUUAUCUGUGUGUUUAUGUUAUUGCUUAUUGUUUGAUUUGUUCUUUUUGUAUAUAUAUAUAUAUAUAUAUAUAUAUAUAUAUAUAUAUAUAUCUUAGUUUGUAUGUAUUCUUAUCUGUUUAUGUGGUUACUUGGGUGAUACUUUGUGAUGAGAUAAAGUCCUAACCCGAACUUUUGUGAGUAACUUGAGAUAGGAGGUGGUAAGACCAAUAGUUGCAUGUCAGGAGCGAUCCUUAACAUGAGCAUCAUAUGGUGGAACCCCAAUCAGUGGAGGCCUCAUGGAAGGUAGUAGAUGUUGUUACGAGCUAUCGUAAGAACGCUAUUACUUUCAAUAGUGAGUGUCCGUAGAAGCUGAAUGACCUAGAACCGUUUUAACCCAUCUAAGCCUUUUUAGGAUGUAGCGCAGAAACAAGUUCAAGUACCAAUUUGUUCUUGUUGUCAUGCGAUGCUACGCUCAUACGAGGUCUUUUUAGGAAUAUUAUUGGCGCCCAUGAGCAAUUGUGCGAGCCGGUACUAUCCGAUAGAAGAUUGAAAUCUCUGGGAACCUUUGUAGAACCCGUUCGGCAGGUACAAAAUUCCCUAGUACAUACCUUUGUGGGUGGUUCUUAACCAUGACUCCAUGCUCGUGACUUUGAACCUUGUUUGUGUGACCUUGUGUGACCUUGAUUAUGAAGGAUACAUAAACCAUGCAUUCAUUUGAUUUCCAAGGAGCUUAUAGGUCUUUCUUUGUAAACAUCAUAAGUUUCAUCGAACUUGAUGGAUCUUGGGUGUUGAUGGGGUCAAAACCCUAAUCCACCAAGAUAGAUGAUUGAUAUUGAUGAUAACUUGAUCAAUGCUUUGAUCCAAUUUAGGAUUUACUUCCUUCAUGCUUUGAUGUUUACAAAUUAAUAACUUGAAUUCUUUGAAAAUCAAACAGUAACAAAAACAACAUUGCAUUUGUAUUGCAUCAUUUGCAUACUUCAUGCAUUCAUCCAGGUUGUCCAGAAAACUUAUCCUUGUAUGUCUCCAUCUUCAGAGUUGUCUGUCUACCGUCAAGCUGAUUCCUCCACACAAGUACGGAACUAGAGCCAACGUCAGAAGAAGAAUGGAAUACCAAGAGCAAGACAAUGUAGAGGUCAGAAUGGAAAUUGAUGAAUUAAAGUCAGGCAUGACCAAGCUAACUGAAAUGCUGCAAGUUUUGAUUGCUAGAGGAGAACCGCCUCAGAAGACUGUCAUUGUUGAAGUCCCAAGUGCUGAUGUUGACCCUCAACCUACUCUACAACCACCUUCUACAUGGCCUGAGUUUGGUUUGCCACAUGGUUACACCCCUCCCUAUGAGAAGACUCUUGGUAUUGGUCAAUCUCCACAACUUGUGAUUGGUCAGUCUUCAAAUCAAGUUUUUCAUGCUCCUGUCUUCACUGAAUCUCAGCCUAUCGUGCACACUAUGGCUCAACCUGCUUAUGUGAACCCUUUGUUUGAAUAUCAAGCUGCCCGUUACCAAAAUGGAAGUCAAGGAGAUGUUGGAGAUAUUGAAGAUGUCAAAGAGCAAUAUCAGAUUUUAGAAAAGAGACUUAGAGCCAUGGAAGGCAAUGAUUACGUUGGGGUUACUGCUGAAAACAUGUGUUUGGUUUCUGAUGUUGUCAUGCCUGCAAAAUUCAAGACUCUAGAGUUUGAGAAGUAUAAAGGAAACACUUGUCCAAGAAGCCAUUUGACCAUGUACUACCGCAAGAUGGUUGCUUAUACCAAGAAUGACAAACUGCUCAUCCAUUGCUUUCAAGAUAGUUUGAGUGGAGCUUCGCUUAAAUGGUAUAUGGGACUUGAGAGUAGUCGCAUUCAUUGCUUCCAAGAUCUGACUGAUGCUUUCAUGAAGCAGUAUAAGUACAAUUUGGACAUGGCACCUGAUCGUCGACAAUUGCAGAAUAUGUCUCAGAAAGAGAAAGAAUCCUUCAAAGAAUACGCUCAACGUUGGAGAGAGCUAGCUUCUCAAGUGGAGCCACCAUUGGUUGAGAAAGAAUUGACUGGAAUGUUCAUGGAUACUCUCUCCCCUUUCUACUGGGAGAAGAUGAUUGGUAGUGUGUCCUCAAACUUCACAGACUUGGUUACCAUUGGUUAGAGACUCGAAGAAGGAAUCAAGAAUGGGAAAGUUGCUAAUGUUGCUGAAUCUUCUGGUGGAGCAAAGAAAACUUAUGGAAACUUCCAGAAGAAGAAAGAGAAUGAGACUAAUGCCGUGUCAGAUGACAGAAUAGGAUCUCGUCAUAGACCUCAAAAUGGUGAUCAGCCGUAUGUAGCCGCUGUUGCUCCUGUGCAAGUUCAAGCUACUCAACCUCAGGCUGCUAACCAGAAUCAGAAUCGUGGUAGGAUAACUUAUGAUCCUAUUCCCAUGACUUACAUUGAACUAUAUCCCGCGUUGGUUCGAAAAGGGUUGAUCAUGACAAGAGCCAUGCCUCCUCCUCGAAACCCUCCCUCAAAAUGAUUCCGGCCUGAUCUUCAUUGUGAGUUUCAUCAGGGUGGUGCUGGCCAUGAUUUAGAAAACUGUUAUGCUUUGAAGGCCAUAGUGCAAGAGUUGGUGAGGUUGAAGCUCCUCUCUUUUAGAGAUGUUGCUCCCAAUGUUGUCACCAAUCCUUUUCCAGAUCAGAGUGGCUGAAGAUAAGUCAAAGCCAUAUGGUCUCCUAAAGCCAAGUGUUUCAGACGGGAUAGCUCAUCCUUGUUGCUGAUUAGUCAGUAGGCCUUGUUUCUUUACUGUUCGUAUUUCCUUUAAUGUACUGUUUACUUUUAGACUUUGUUUGUUUCUGAAUGUUAAUUUUAAUGA